AUGCGCGCCUCGUUAACUUCGCUCGCGUUCCUUUCCGAGCUACUCACCGUGGCCCUCUCGGCCGACGUGAACGCUUGGAAAUCCAGGAACAUCUACUUUGCGCUGACAGAUCGUGUCGCUCGGAGCAGCAGUGACACUGGAGGCAAUGCAUGCGGCGACCUCUCGAAUUACUGUGGUGGUACUUUUAAGGGUCUUCAGUCAAAGCUCGACUACAUUGCUGGUAUGGGCUUCGAUGCUAUCUGGAUAACCCCUGUAGUUACAAACAGCAAUGGGGGUUAUCACGGAUACUGGGCGACGGAUCUAUAUGGCAUCAAUUCGAACCACGGUACAGCAGAUGACCUCAAGGCUCUAGUUAGCGCUGCUCAUGAAAAGGGUAUCUAUAUUAUGGUUGAUGUGGUCGCGAACCACGUGGGCCCAUCUAACGUCGCGGAUCGCAAACCAGCACCACUGAACCAAGGCAGCUCCUAUCAUUCGCAAUGCGAGAUCAACUAUUCCGACCAGAACAGCGUGGAGAACUGCUGGAUUGCUAACUUACCUGACUUGAACACGCAAAAUUCCGAGAUCCGGACCGUCUACCAGAAUUGGAUCAAAUGGCUUGUAUCGGAAUAUAGCUUCGAUGGUGUUCGCAUCGACACUGUGAAGCAUGUCGAGAAAGAUUAUUGGCCAGGAUUCUCCAGCGCUGCCGGAGUCUACACAAUCGGCGAGGUCUUUGACGGUAACCCAAGCUACGUCGCGGGCUACGCCAGUCUCAUGUCUGGAUUGCUGAACUACCCCAUGUAUUACCCAAUGAAUAAUUUCUAUCAGCAGAAGGGAUCGAGCCAGGCCCUCGUCGAUAUGUUUAACCAGAUCAGCUCGUCGUUCCCCGACCCCACGGCGCUAGGCUCGUUCCUCGACAACCACGACAAUGCGCGAUGGUUAAACUCGAAGAACGACCUUGCUCUGCUCAAGAACGCUCUCGCCUACGUCAUCCUGGCUAGGGGUAUUCCCAUCGUGUACUACGGUACAGAGCAGGCGUAUGCUGGUGGUAACGACCCCGCCAACCGUGAAGAUCUCUGGCGCAGCAGUUUUAAUACCAAUGCCGAAAUCUACAAAGCUAUAUCUAAGCUAUCCGCCGCCAGGAAAUCGGCCGGUGGACUAGCUGGUAACGACCAUACACAUUUGUAUGUUGCGGAUACUGCUUAUGCCUGGAGCCGAGCCGGUGGCAACUUGGUUGUUCUCACCACCAACAGUGGAUCUGGGUCGAGCGGACAGCACUGCUUUAACACGCAAGCUCCUAACAGAUCGUGGAACAACACUUUCAGUACUGGGUCCUACACUUCGGACGGAAACGGAAAGGUAUGCUUGAAUGUUAGCAACGGCGAGCCGGUCGUGCUGGUUGCAUCUUAA